GCUGGGCGGGCGGGCGGGCAGGCUGCUGUGGGGGUGCGGCAGAGCCCGGCCCCGCUCCGCCGCCGAGCCGGAGGGGCUGCGGGCGCGGCGGGGCGACCGUGGCAGGUGACAGGCGGCAGCAGCGCGGCCUGACCGCCCUCCGGCAGCCGCGGGCUGGAGCCGUCCUCGCAGUUCCGUUCUCCGGGGCGAGACAGACGGAGCCCGGCCCCGAGUCGUGCGAGAUCGAACCUCCUGACGGCCUUCGAUACAGGCUUGGGCCGCUGCGUCAGCGAAUUCAGCCUCCCGUGGGGUGGUGAUGCACCCCCGGUCGUGCUCAGGACCAGACCGCAGCGAAAAGUGAGCAGUUACUGGCAGGGAACUAAUGGCAUCGCUAUCAAUUAAAUGUGAUGUUUGUUGGAGGGCCAAAUGAAAGGAAGGAUUAUCAUAUUGAAGAAGGAGAAGAGCUUUUUUACCAGGUUCAAGGAGAAAUGUGUUUGAAGAUAAUUGAAAAUGGGAAACACAAAGACGUUGUCAUCCGAGAAGGGGAGAUGUUCCUGCUACCUGCCAGGGUACCUCAUUCUCCUCAGAGAUACAAAAACACUGUGGGUCUUGUGAUUGAGAGGGAAAGAUUAAAAACAGAAAUGGAUGGGCUAAGAUACUAUGUUGGAGAAUCAACUGAUGUCCUCUUUGAAAAAUGGUUUCACUGUGAAGAUCUUGGCACCCAACUUAUACCAAUAAUUCAAGAGUUUUUCAAUUCAAGGCAAUAUAAAACUGGAACACCAAACCCAGAUGAACUCCUGAAAGAAACACCUUUCCCACUGAAUUCCACUUCUGUUAUGGAGCCAUUUUCCUUCUCAAGCUGGUUAAAUGAUCAUCGUGGUGAAAUAAAACAGAAAAAAUCCUUGAGUAUGUUUGGAGAUAACUUUGAAACAGAGGCUAUAGCUUAUGGACCAGGAACAACUGAGAAAAGUAAAAAGAAUUCAGAUAUCUGGAUAUGGCAACUGGAGGGCACAUCGACUGUUGCCAUGGAUGGUAAAACCCUGACUCUCUCUGCUGGUGACAGCCUGCUUGUUCAUGCCCAGUCUGAGUACUGCUGGAAAAGAGCGGAAGAUUGUGUUGCUCUCUGCAUUGCUCAGGAUCCAAAACGCAAGCAGCCUUAUAAAUAACUCCUGUGUCAGCUGGCUUUGAGGACAACCAAGUUUUAACCUACCUAUCUUAAUUAUCUUUUACUCAGAAUACCUGGAAAUUUGAAUACUCUAACAUAAUGAUUAAGUGGAGUCAAGUGCUGUACCCAAUUAAAACUUUUUUCCCCAAGUAGUUAAAGUUUUAGCAAAAUUCAUAAUCAGUAUUUUUAAGAUCUAGCAUUUUGUUUUAUUUUAUCUGAAAGGAAAUGACCAUAUAUCCAAGUAGCAGGAUUACUUACCUAAUAAUACAUGAUACUAUCUAGAUUAAAUUAGAGUUUUUUGAAAUGCAAGUCUCUGCCACAAGAUGUAGAAAAGGAGAUGGGACAGAUACUGUUACACUACUUAGGUAACAGGCUGGAUGCUGUGUGCACACUACACUGAAGGUAACACUGCAAUGGGACUAAACAGGAGCACCUGGGUCAUGGGUGUGCUCCUGUGCAGCAGAAUGUUAAAGGGUAAGAGAGCAAAAAAAUUAUUAUAAUCCGUUUCUAUUAACUGCUGCUUCUUUUUGAACAAUGAAGUUUCUUGCAGAAAUGAUAAGUGUCAAAUUAUAUUUU